AUGUCGGAUUUAAUACCUAUCUCUCACACCUCAUCGAUCGAGCGCAAUGUUGAGGUGCUACCAUCAAAGAAGACGCCACCGACGGGUUCCAAGGAGGACUUAAGCAAGUCAGAUAAUCACCACGAGAACGCAAACGAAUAUGUAACCGGCAUCAAACUAACUUCGAUUGUCGCGAGCGUGGCACUUGCCUGCUUCCUAAUGCUUUUGGAUACGAUGGUCGUUAGCACUGCAAUCCCACGUAUUACCGACACUUUUAAUUCGCUUCUAGACGUUAGGUGGGAUGCCAGUGCAUAUCAGUUUGGCAGUGCCGCUCCACAACCGCUCACAGGAAAAGUAUAUACGCACUUCAACACCAAGUGGUCCCUUUUGUCGUUCUUCGCGAUAUUCGAGAUCGGUUCCAUUUUAUACGGCGCCGCCGUCUCAUCCGAUAUGUUGAUAGUCGGACGCGCCGUUGCUGGAUUCGGUGCAGCUGGUAUCACAAACGGUGCCAUAACCAUCAUUUCGAGCUGCGCGCCUCUCGAGAAGCGCCCUGCACUCAUCGGUCUGACUAUGGGUUUGAUGCAGUUUGGUCUUGUAGCAGGACCUCUCGUGGGAGGUGGUGUUAGUGCUUUUCAAGCCCAUUCAUUCGUUAGCUUCUAUGUUAACUUACCGGUUGGAGCUUUUACUGCACUGGUCAUACUUCUAGUGCGGAUUCCCGAACAAAUACCAAAACCGAAGGCUUUAGUGACAGUGGUAUGGGCAUCGGCGCUCUACCAAGCUUUCAUGAUUUCGGCUGUUUAUGGUGCAACGUUCUUUCUUCCCAUUUACUUCCAGGCUAUCAACAAUGUGACAGCUAUGUUAAGUGGCGUAUAUCUUUUGCCUACAAUUGUACCGCAGCUUUUAAUGGCUGGUCUCUCUGGAGUUAUGUUGCAGAAGAUUGGUUUUAUCAUUCCAAUAGCUGUAGUAGGACUCAGCAUGCAACUGGCUAUCAUAUCGAUCCAAGCCGCCGUUGGAGAAGAGGAACUUGCCACCGGUAUGGUCCUCGUCAUCUUCGCCCAGUCACUAGGUCCAGCUAUCGUCUUGGUUGUGUGUAAUGUGAUUUUCAACUCUAGUUUAAAGUUUCAGCUACAAGACAAUGCACCACACACCGAUGCGGCGGCAGUCAUCAGUGCAGGGGCUACUGGAUUUCGUGCCAUUGUGCAGGGUGAUGAUCUCCCUGGGGUCCUUAUUGCCUACGUUGUCAGUAUCGACCGAGUGUUUUAUUUAGUUGCUGGAGUAGCCGCCGCAUGCAUUAUCGUACUAUGGGGUAUGGGUUGGCAAGAUCUAAGAACGAAAGGAAAUAAAGUGGAAAAUGGAGCCGUUCACUCCGAUAAGCAUGGGGAGUCGGCGUGA